CAAACACAAACCUAGUACUUGCCCAUGGCCAAGGUGGCCGACGUGCACGACGCUAUGCAAGCACUCGCUUCGCGGAGGCAACAGUUCGCCGUGCGCUGGAGUAGACCUCCCUUGCUUCUGAGCUUGGUCAUGCUAGGCAACCUCGCGGCCAUGCCUAUGAAAGCCUACGUGACCGAAUUCUUGCCGUGGACGUAUGUUCCGCCCCCGGCGCCGCUCACCUCGACCAACUUUACAGCCUUCAACACGUCUACGCUCUUCCUCUUUCAACGACUAUACAACCGAAGCACACUCCCCCCGCAAGCGACGUACUAUGAAGACGCAACGGGGUACGUGCUUCGAAAAGCCAUCAACCCGCAUAUCACGAGUCUCGAUGCGUGUACCUCGAAAGUCCUUCCGGGUCUACCUGGUGCGAUCUUUUACGGUCCGCCCUUUUCUCGGCUGGUUUGUGAUAUGGCCAUGCACGGCAGUGACAGCGGUUCUUCGUGGGACGGUCGUGGUAGCUGCAUGGAUCAAACCUUCUUUACGCAGCCAUGGAUCUACCAGUGUCUUUGGCUCACGAGCGGCGACGACCUUGCGCCCAACACUUCAGCACCCGGUUAUACGCUAACGUACGCGGCCCGUCCGUACCCCAUGGUGCUGUGGUGUUUCGCCAAGCUCAUCUACCGGACACUCACAACCGCGUACAUCGCGUACCUUGUUUGGACGCGCUACUACGCUCACUGCGCUGCGCUCGCGUCGUCCCUGGCAGCUAUGGGACACCGACCGAUGGAGGCCAAAACGACAGCUUCGGUCUGGCGCUACGAGGUUGUGCUGGGCGACCCUACGGCCAUGGUGCUGACCGUCCCUCUUGUCGCGUUCUUGCUUUGCCUUGACAUUGUCGCGAGCUAUGAUACGUUGACGUUCGCCGUGCUUCGAGCCUCGCAGAGCGCAGAUAUUUAUGUCAUGCUCGUUGCAUUUAUGUACCUCUCUCGCACCGUCUGGCUACCGUACUUGGCCGUCUCGACGACGACACUCCUUCUGAAGCGCUACCACAAGGAACACUCGUUUGCUCAAAUGGACCCGACAGCGCUAGCGAUUGCAACAGCGAUUUACGGUCCAGCGCUGACGUGGUGCAUGGGCAACGUCAGCUUUCUCUUGCAGUUGUACCAGUACCUCGGCCGCGUCAUAGUACCAACGUCGGACCAAGACACCAAGUUUGAAGCUGUGCCCGAUGUCGCUGUCAUUUUCGCGCGCUACGUCCUACCUCUGACGGCGUCCAACAUGCACCAAGCCGCGUUCCGCUACCUCUGGCCCAUGCUCCGCGCCUGCGUCUGGUUCAACGUCUGGCGAGUCCGGAACGAUCGCGCCUUUCACUCCGACCUACCGCUGCCAAGUCCAUGGACGAUUGCCGUCAAGGCUGCACGUGUCGCUCAACUGCACUUGCACCACAGCCUCGUACAAGAGCCCGAGCAGCCUGCUCUUCGUCGGCUUCUCCGGCUCCUCGCCCAACACGAGUGGCCGCGACGUCACCUCGUCCCGCGGAUCGCGCUCUUGCCUCCGCCUGCCUAAAUCAAGUCCCUCAACCGAGUAC